GACAAGCAGCUCUGUAGGCUACAUCCAGCGGAAUCUAAGGUUAUAUAUGCGACAUGGCGUCUACUACUCAACAGCGUCAAAUUGACUCUCUGAAUGCUUUUAUCCACCAGCGUUUGACGAACAUCGCAGGAGAAAUAUGUCAGGUUUUCCAGGAGACUCUGGCCGCGUACCAGGAGGAAAUAAACCACUCCAAACAGGAAAAUGUUUAUCUCAGGAAAAUGCUGGCUGAAAUCACACUCGACAGAACAGACAGGCUAGAUGCACCGACCAGCCAAGCAGACGGAUUUCCUCCAGAGAAGCAGAACUCCAGCCAAGCACCAAUGGACCCCGAGACGUCAGUAAUACAAGUGAAACUGGAGCUUAGUACCACGCAGCAGGAUCUUGAACUACCAAAGCAAUCAUGUCCUACUCUUGCUUGCAGCCUUGAACGGUCUGACAGAGCUGAAGAAUCACAUCGUGAUAUCUCAGAUGAACAGCGAAGUCAGACUGAUGUAGUUCCUGUUCCUCUUAAACAGCCAAACUUCAACCAGGAGCCACAAAACUGUGAUCCCUCACAAAUCCGAGUGAAGCUGGAACCUUUGACCGGACAUGAGAAGGCUGAGUCACAAGAGCAAUCAAAUAACGCGUCUUCAUUCAGUUCCUCCCCUGUAAGGACUGCCAGUAGACAGGAGCAGCCUCACUCUUUCUCUGUUAAAACGGUGAAUGUUCUGGCAAAAAAGGGUCAUGGGUCCACCACAGCCUCAACCAUAGCAGUCUCAAGCAAACCAGAAACGUGGAACUGUACAGGAUUCUCCUCUGAUAUUUCAAGCACACCUGGGAAAAGUGAAAUUCAGUUUGAGCCUUCUAUAAAAGACGAGCCCGUUUCCCACCCCACUUCUCAAUACGAGAAACCGUCAAAUGACAUUUCUCGUCUAAAAUCUCGCUUGCCGAGUCACGUUCCUUACAGGCCGCUUUACUGUGACGUGUGCAGAAAGACUUUCCAAAACGAAUGGCAAUUGAAAAGGCAUUUGCUAAAGCACCAGAACAAUAGACCGAACUGCUGUGAGUUGUGUGGGAAGUGCUACAGUACGCCACACGUACUCAAAAUCCACCUUCGAACUCACACAGGAGAGAGACCGUAUCACUGCAAGUUCUGUGAAAAGACGUUCAGUCAGAUAGGUCACUUGAAGGGGCAUGAAAGGAUUCACACUGGAGAAAAAAUUUACAGCUGCUCAGUAUGUGGGAAAUGUUUCACUUGGCUGAGUCAAGCCAAAGAGCACAUUCGGAGCCAUCCCGGUCAGCUGGCUAGAGUUCAGAGAAAAAUCAAUCAGUGAUUUGUAAAAGAAAAAAAAAAAAAAAUACAGGCUACAUGUUGCUGAUGCGUCAUUUGGAUUUUUCUGACUUUGCUUACUUUUGAAUGGAAAUAGAAAAGAUUUUGAGUGUGAAAACUGAUUAAAAGUCCUGUAGCUCAAAAGAGAUUUAAAUUAAAAGCUUAAUGAAGAGAAUACCUCUGUUCCUGUAUCUCAGCUUCCAGUGGUUUAGUUGUUAUAACUAUAAGGACUAGAACACAGCAGGGCAUGCUGUUAUAGGAAAAUAAUCAAUAGCAGGGUGGUGUGCUGGAGCAGAGUUACCACCUGUUACCAUCCCGAAGCUGAAUAUUUUCCCCAUAACAACUCAUCCAGAAGUGUUUUAUUCCUCUUAUACCACAGCGAUUUAAAAAAUGUAAAAUAUAAUUUCUAAUUUAUUAGUUAUCAUGUCAUUCCUUUUUACCUGUUUAUAGUUACAUUUAGUAUUGUGUAACAUCUGCAAGACAAAAUAAUUCCUGUUAUCAUGACUUAGGUUAUAGCAGCUAUAAACAGCUGUUCCCUCACCAGGUUAUAAGACAUUAAAAAAAAAAAAAAAAGGCAGAAAGAGUAAAGUGUUAGCACUUUAUGGAUUAUAGGACACAAGAUGCUUCCUAAAUAUUCCAUCUGAUGUAUAAUUGACUCAUCAAUGCUACAUUCUUGAGCCUGUGACCUGGAAAUCAAAUAAUAUCCACCAUCAAGGUUGCAUCACUUUGUUAAAUAAUUCAGAAGAAUCAAGAAGUGGAGAGAGAUGGGGCUUUCUGGGUCAGAAUAAAUGGGUGCUUCGAAUGAGGAUUUUUUUUUUUAAUUUUAUUUUUAUUAGACCAUCAUGUAAACCUAAUGUUUAACUUUUCCACUUCCUCCAAAGAAUAAAGUCCUACCAGUGAUGUGAUGAUAAUGACCAAUAUUAAUAAUAAUAAUUAAAUCAGAAACAGUAGGUACAAAAAAAGUCAGGUGAUAAGUAGAAUCUUAUAUUCCCUAAAACUAAGUCACUCUUUAUGCACGUGAUGUACACAUGCAAAAAUAUUUUGAUUGCGUUAAUCGAGUGUGUAAUAAGACUCUUAUGUAUAUGUUAUGCUCUGUGUCAGUUGAUACACCUGCGGAAGUCAUUGAUGAGUAAGAAAUGGAUGUGUCUCAUUUGGCACAUUUUUGCCAGUGAUUCCUCCUGUCCUUGUUUCCUGUCUUCACAUCAUGCAGUUAAGCUGGGAAGCAUAUUAAAGAAAGGAGAAGCAUGCUCAGUGUCACUGAUGCAAAGCACCACUGUUACUUACUUAUCUCCUACUUGUUGAAAAUAUUCAGCUUAAUAUAUUUUUGAGGGAGAAGGCGGGGUGAUGGAUCUGCUGUCAAAUGUCCGACUGUGAAAGGACAGAGCUGUGCAGGUCUUUACAGAGGAGAGAGAACCUGACUGCAGCACUGAUAACCUGAAAUUAAGCUGAUUGACUCUACAGCCACAAAUAUUCUACUUUUCACGAUGUUGGUGAAAUGCGUCGGAUGUUAUGAAGCGCUUUUUUUCAAGCAUUAACACAGUUGAACCAGCUGUUUUUGUAAAAGGGUCAGUGUUUUGAAUUGACACCAAGAGUCCAGUUCAAUUUCUUAAAGCAAUUGUUGUCAUUGUCUUAUUUGAGUGUUAAUUGACAACACUAAACUUAUGAUCAUAUGAACACCUUUUAUCAGAAUAUAAUAUUAAAUGAAUAUAAUGCCAAAAUAUGACUUUAAAAUGCAUAAUCUUUUAAAAGAAGAUGAUAAUAAAGUUUAUUUUCAUUAUUAGUA